AUACAAAAUCAAGCUUAAGUUGCAUGCUUUGCCUAAAAGGGAUAUCUUGCACUCCAUAAACUCCAAACAAAAGCUUUAAAAUCCACACAAUAUGAACUAUUAUAUUUAAAUACAAUAAAAUACUUUAAGUAACAGAAGCGAAGCACUUAGUAGUACCAUAACGCGGUGUCAUACCCGCAUAAGGAAGGAGCGGCCAGCUGGGUUUUCUCUGCACUUGCGCCUUUGGGCACACUAAUUUGAAUGUAAGGCACUUGAAUUGAUUUUUUCAACACGCAACGGUUGUGGCUUACGAAUAUGAGCACUCUUGAUGCCAAAAAGUUAGAAGAGGCUGAGACCUUGGUAGGACAAACGGCCAGUGCCGCGAAUGAGUAUGCCAAAGCUGGUAUGUAUUUCAAGGCAGCAACCGCAUAUCGAAUUGCCAAAAGUUUCGAUAAGAGCAAGGAUUGUUUUUUGAAGGCCAUCGACUGUUACGAAAACAACAAGUCGUGGUUCCAUGCAGCCAAAUCCUACGAGCAGAUUAUCCUGCUUGCCAAAGAAACGGACAAGCUGUCCGAAGUGGAGGACUAUGCCAAUAGGGCCUGCUGUCUCUACCAGCAGCAUGGUUCGCCGGAAGCAGCAGCGGCUGCUCUGGACAAAGCCGCCAAGAUGACGGAAUCCAAGCAUCCUGACCUGGCAUUGGGACUCUACAAACGCGCCCUGGCAGUCGUCUUGAUUGGGGACUCCGCGCACCAGGCAUCGGAAUUCGCAUCGAAGGUUUCCAGGAUACUGGUCAGACUCAAGAAAUACGAAGAGGCCACGAAGGCACUCAAAAAGGAAAUCAGCCUGAAUCUGCAAACAAAGUCCUAUGGCCAAGUUGGGCGUUUGGUGGUGGCUUUGAUUCUGGUACAACUAACACUGGAGGAUUUGGUGGAUGCCAAGAAGACCUUCAAGAAAUGGGGAAACCGUUGUGAUCCCCAGGAGGUGAACACACUACAAAACCUACUCAAAGCUUUUGAUGACAAGGAUGCCGAGCUGGCCACCAAGAUGCUGGCAUCUCCAUUCAUAAGACACAUGGACGUGGAGUACGCACUUCUAUCCAAGGAUGUGCCUUUACCACAAGGAAGUCGUCAGGUGGCCCAAAAUGGCGGCGACCAUGUUGGCAAUUAAGGAGCAUUGCAAAAUGUAGUUUAUAAAUGUUGUAGUAGUUUUAUUCCUGUUCAUCAGGUGAAAAAGUUUCAUAAAUGUAGGUACACUGUUAAAUAUAUACAAAAAUAUAAAAAGUGUUAACUCAGAAAACGCAACAGGGGAACUUUUCGUGCCUUAAACUGGCAAUCCACCGUUUUUAUACGGAACAUAUUUUUUACCCUCAAAAGUAUUGUUAUUAAAUCUUUUACAUACUUUAUAUGCAUUUUACCCAUGUUUUCUACAUAUCCCUAAAAUUAUACUAAUAUUUUUUGAACAUCGAGUUCCAUUUGAAAUCAUAUUCGCUUAAAAGAUGCAAGGCUUCGGGUCUC